AUGGAUAUUCGGAAAUUUUUAAAACCUGUCAGACAGCAGUCGACACCUGAUAAAAAAACAACUUCAACUAAUAACUGCAAAAAACCGAAAACGGAUAAUGUUGCUUGUUUAUCAUUAUCGACAACACCCGAACCAGAAACUAAAAAACUUGAAAGUGGAGGUUCUAGAUUAGAAUAUGACAUUGGACUUUAUGUAAAAUGUUCUGCAAAAAUACCUAUUGAUUAUAAGUAUCGCUUGCUAACUGAUCCCUACAAGCCUCAUUCGCCCUACGAUUUUAAAGGGGACAUAUCUGUAAUCGGAAAAGGUUGUUUCAGGAGUUCUUGGCUAUCUCAGUAUACUCCAUGGUUAUCAUAUUCACCUAAAUUAAAAGGUGCUUUUUGCAUAGAUAAUUCAGUAAAACGAGUUAUUGAAGAAAACAAAAAGAAGCUGUAUCCUAUUAUCUCUGCAAUCCUAUUUUGCGGAACAAAUGAUUUGGCAUUACGUGGGAAAAAUAGUAAUAAAGGAAAUGUCCAACAACUUUAUGAGUAUAGGAUUGAGGGAGGAGACAGUAUUUUAAAAAACCACUUUGAUACAGCUGCUGCAAAUGCACGUUACACAUCACAUCGAACACAAAAUGAUUUAAUCAACUUUUCUGAACAAGCUCUGCGAGAGGACAUUGUAAAAGCUGCCAACAAUGCUGUUGGAUUCUCGAUCAUUGUCGAUGAAACAGCAGGUAUUUCAGGAACUGAACAGUUAUCACUGGGAGUGCGGUUUGUUGAUACAUUUAGUGAGAAAGCUAUCAUUCGUGAAGAAUUUCUUGGAUUUUCACCGCUAAAAGAUAUGGACGCUGUCACAAUAUCUGAUUGUAUUAUUCAAAGUUGCAAAACAUUUGGUCUUCUCUUUAAUAAUCUGCUGGGUCAAGGUUAUGAUGGGUGCUCCACGAUGGCUGGAAAAGAAAACGGUGUUCAGACAAAAAUUCAAAUGAUUUACCCUAAAGCUGCCUUUGUUCACUGUGCCUCACAUAGACUCAAUCUUGUAUUAAAUGAUCUAAAUGAUGUUGCAGUUAUACGAAAUACUAUUGGAACUAUUAAAGCAAUUAUUUCUAAAUUUGAAGAUAUUUUUUUCCAACUGGAAGAAUUUUCAAUGCAUGCAAAUCGAUGUACUCGACAAGUUGCACAUCAGCUUUAUUGUUCAUCAAAGUCCAGCACAUUUAUAUUUUGUCUCCAUAUCAUUUCGCAGUACUCUGCCAUACUUGAAUCAGUUACUCAGGCUCUUCAAGCUGUUCAAGUUGAUCUUCCAGAAGUCCAACUGCAAGUUCAAAAAUUACUUAAUGUUGUAAAACUUUACAGAGGUGAGUCCAAUAUUUAUUUCAAGGAUAUUUUUGAGAAAACAGCGCAAUUGGCACAGAAGAUGAAUAUUGAACUGAUAAUUCCAAGACAGUGCGGAAAACAAAAGUAUCGAAGUAAUCCGGGAACCAUAAGUGUUGAAGAAGUUUUUAUACAAACGAUUUACAUUCCAUACUUAGAUUCUCUAAUCGGCUCUUUGGAGAGUCGAUUUUGUGAAGCCAAUAGUGCACAAUUUAACUUAGUAUUUCUUCAUCCGUCUAAGUUGUGCCAACUGAGUCCUCAACACUUUAAAGAAAAAAUUUCUACGAUUAAUAAAGUAUACAACUUCGAUAAUUUUGAAACUGAAGCCUUGAGUUGGUUUGAUUUUUGGAAUGCGCAAGACUACAAAAGUAGCCUAGAUUUUAUCGAUUUACUACCUUUCACACAAUUUUAUCCCAGUCUCAGGUAUGCUUUAUUAGUAUUGUUAACUUUACCAGCAACAACAUGUACGGUGGAGCGAUUGUUUAGGACAUUGCGUCGUGUCAAAACAUGGCUUAGGUCAACUAUGUCAAAUGACCGUCUCUCUGGUUUAUGCAUGUUAAGCGCACACAGAGACAAAAUAAACUGCAACAAAAAAGACUUUAUAGAUAAAAUUAUAGGUAUGUUUGGUAUUGAUAACAGACAACUCCAGUUCCUGUUUAAAAAAUAA